GAAACAAUUCCAUAUCCGGGUGAAGCGAUGUUUACGAUACGGAUGGUAGACGGCUAAUGCUAAGUAUCGAGAGAGAAAGCAGCAUUUGCAUCGCCUAUUACAGCCACUUUGCUCACCACAAAUGGCAUCUCAGAUCCCCAUAACCGUCAGGGCCCAGCCGGCAGCCGCCAGCUCUGCCGCUCUCCGGGGGAAGAAACGUCCGGGUAGUCCGGCGGUUUCUGCCGCUCCGCAGGUCACCGGGAGCACCAGCAGCAAGAAGAAGAAAGGACAGCUGACAGCGACACCAACAACACAGACACAGAUAACAGCAGUGGAGUCGGUGGCUGAGGUGAAGGCAGGGGCAACAGUUGACAGCGGUCCAACUCCCACCACAGAGUCCACAGCAAAGCCUCCACCAUUCAAAGACCCUGCAUUUAUGCACUCUGGGAUUGGUGGAGCAGCAGCAGGUAAAAAGAACAGGACCUGGAAGAAUCUCAAACAGAUUCUGGUUUUGGAGCGGACUUUACCCUGGAAGCUCAAUGAUCCCAACUACUACAACAUUGAUGCCCCUCCCUCCUUGAAGCCAAGCAAGAAAUACUCUGACAUCUCUGGACUCCCAGCAAACUACACAGACCCUCAGACGAAGCUACGCUUCACAUCCUCUGAAGAGUUCUCCUACAUCCGCCUGCUCCCUACUGAUGUUGUUACUGGCUACCUGGCCCUUCGAAAGGCAACUUGCAUCGUACCCUGACAGCUGAACAAGGCUUGAAACCUGAAACAGGUUCAAACCAGAACUGAACUUAUGUUAGUGUAGGAAGCUGUUGGGCCAGCCAGGAGACUCUGAGAGAGAAGUUGUGAACACCACUGAAAGGACAACUGCUGGAGCUCACAAGCUGGCUACUGCUGGAUAUUUGCACUGCUGUCUUCAAGAAGGCAAUCUGAGUCAUAAAUCUGUGACAAAAUAAAUGCAACAAAUGUGAAAUUUCUGGGGUUUUUUUCCCAUUUAGAAAAACAUGGACAUAAUAUCAGAAAGUGUUUACAAGUUAAUUAAAAAGUCAGAAAUAAGAUAUUCUUUUGCUUAUUUGUUAAAAUACAUUUCCCACUAUCUUUGAUGAUAUUUUCCCAUUAAGUGUUUGUAUAAACCGUGGGGCAAGUUUUGGAGCUUGGCAUGGAUUUGCUCCUGCUUAAUCCUUGGGGAACAUACAGUUGUUUCUCAAGUACUGAAUACAAGCAUUACUGGCUAGGAUGCUGUAUGCCCCUUUGUGGAAGAACAUCUGUUUCCAGUGGUGUAAAUUCAGUCAGGUUGGGGUAGAGAAAGGUUGUAGAAAAGCUGUUGGAAGGAGUUUGUCCAUUUCAGAUUGACUGUCAGUUACUUUUUUAUAAGGAGCCCAUUAAAGCUAACUUGAAUUUAUUUGGUGUUAAAGUUCUUUUUCAUAUGGGCUUUUUUUAAAUGCUUUGUAUAAAUAAACAUUUUCUCAGUUGAAAAUGGAGACAGACAUAAUUGCUGGCUGAUUAGUUUCAAUCUCAAUGUUCCUUAUAUGACAACCUUUAAUCACACUUGUUGGAUUUUGAUAUAAAACACUCCUUUUGGUAAUGUGGGCCUUAACUGAAACAUGCACACCUGCUACUGUACUUAGCUGUUUCUGGGAUCUUUUCUUAUAUGCAGUAGCCUGCAUGUAUGUAAGCUAUGCAAAUGUCACUGGGCCAAGAGUCACCAAGCAGGCCUAAUUUCACUUGUGUCAUAUGUAAAUGUAGAAUUGGUUCCACAUGGUUCUAAUUCCACAGCUGCAUUUGAUGUAUGAUUUGCUCUCUGACUGGUAGAGUGAGGAUGUCUCAUUAAUCACACAUGGCAGGCAUCCAGGAUCAUUUCCAUGGUAUAUUUUAUGCUAUUUUUCACAAACGUGAUGAAUGAGGACCAGAAUAUUUCUCAUGGUAAUGAUCCCUAUUAUGCAAAAACAGACCAGGAGCUUGUGAAAAUUACAAAAGCCCUGUUUAAAAAUCAAUCCUGCGACCUCUAUACAGUAUGCGUCCUUACCUGUUGAGAUGGGGAGAUUUUAAAUAAUAAUUCUUAAGCUUCUGCAAUUCUUUCUUGAUGCUUUGUUUACACAGGCCCUGUGAAUACACAUUGAACAGUUGUCUUUGUUCACAAUAAGUCAGCUGUGUGUUUUACCAAUAAAGAAUAAUAAGGUAAUGUGUUACCAUUGAAGGAUAAGAUCCCAUUGUUGCCCAAACUAUUAAAAACACAUAAAUGAG